AUGGGUCGCAAGACGCUUCAUUGGAUUGAUAAGGUAUUUUUGCGCGUUCGCAUCUGGUUGAGGCUAUUCGGAGAGAGCGAUGAUGGUCAAUCCAUCCACAUAUAAUUGCAGUGCGACCAAUUCCUCCAGUCAACAGGAAAAGACAGUAGUAGAAGGAAAUAAAAGUAUCAGAGAAACUUUACGAAAGAAAAGACGAAGCGUUGUCUAAGUAGACUCGUCACCAAAGCCCUGGAGGAUGCAACAUGGUCCACAGUGAUCGACAUAGUACUGUGCCACAAUGAGCUGAAAAUGAGGGACACGAAACACGAAAAAUACACAUCUUCGUGCUCUGACUACCACUCAAUAAUACCUCUAGAUACUCUAAUCACUUUUCUCUCUUGCAAUUUUCGAGAAACGAAAGGUUCCCCUCUCUCUAUCCAGAACUGACCAGCUUUAGUCGUGUUCGGAUAGCAGUCAUUUCGCUGACGGAAAAGAAGACGACAAAAGUGAAAUAUAUGAUGUUGAUGCACUAACUAACAUCACCAGAAAUGAGGACUGGGAGAAUAAUUUGAUCAAUUAGGAAAUAUGAGGUAUGAGAGGGAUUCUGAUGAAUGAAGAUUUGGUGACGAUGAAUUCUUUGGGACGAUGAACCAACAAAUUCAGGGGAUCCCCAUCAUGUGCUCCAAUACCCCACCUUGAAUCGGGGUAAUUAAGUUAAGUAGGAGAAUCUAUUCAGAACCUACUAAGCUUAAUAUAAGGUAAAUAGCUAGGAAGAAUUAAUAGUACCUAAUACGUUCUUUUAUAAUUAAUUCUAGAAGUAUUUGCGAUACUUGUACCCUAGGCAGACAUGUAGGGGGACCUUCACGUGACAUGUCUUGUUUAAUAUAAAUAGGGCCCUACGGACUUCCUAUUGGUCGACGCAGCGGGAGUACACUUUUCCGGGUCAUGUGACAAAUUAUAGAUGGAAACUCUAUAUAUUCUAUAGAAUAUAUACCUCUAUCAUAGAAUCAUUUCAUAAAUAUACUAAAUAGAAUGGAAUCCUUCCCGAGGGGGUAUCUGGAAUGGAAUGGAAUUCCAGUUACCGAACGCUGACUUAGGCGAGUUUUUUUCAUAAGUACUAAGUAUGCAGCGCAGCGUAACAAAGAAAGAAAUACUCAGAUAUUAAAGGAGUACAUAGGUACUAGUUCAGUAGACUUGAGUAGGAUGAAACAGCCCUUACGUAUAUUUUUCCUACGCUGGUCCAAGUCGUUGUAGAGUUACAUGUUUACUAUACACAUUGAGGUGUGAAAAGGGAGUGUAAGUUGGAACUUGAAUGGUGGGGAGAAGGGUUCUUUUUUGGUGACUCGCGGUGGACAGAAAAAGUGGCGGUUCAUCCAUGGGUCCGUGCACAAUAAGCGAUGACUUUCCAUAUACAAAUAUACCCCCUUGAGUACGCUCAAAAAACGCUCAAAAUGCCUAUAAUAAUCAGAAGCUCACGAAUUAUAUUAGAAAGGAAGGAAAGAUAACUAGGUAUCGAAAACAUCUUUACGCAAUUGAAAAGUGAGUGCUUUUACUUCAGAGUAAUUAUAACGACUUACAUUAAAAGUUGUGCACGGACCAGGGUGUGUUCCGCCACUUAUUCUGUCCACCGCGUGGGUGAGAGACUUUUUUGGAUUUGAAAAGUGAGGAUUCGUUGAUUCACCCCCUCGCUUAGCUACCACUUCACCAUUACUCGGUUAGUGGUAAACAACGCCGCUGUUUCACAAUAGCACUGUAUAAAACUGUCCGAUAAAUUGACUCAUGCUACAUCUACAAUCCAGCUUCCUCCACCCUCAUCAUCUAAGAAAUUCCCAAAAACCAACCCCAAAACACUACAACCCCUCAAUUCCUCACCACAACAGCCAAACCACCAUGGAUCCCCCAUCAAUAUUCCAACCUACACCAAAAAAUGGCACACCCAACCAACCUCCUCCAUCUCCCCCCUCCGACCCGAGUUGUCCGCCAAAGGAAAGGUAAUAGUGAUUACCGGCGGCGGCUCCGGAAUCGGUCUCAGCGUCGCAAAAGCCUUUGCCCAAGCGGGAGCUUCGCAAAUCGGCAUCAUCGGUCGACGAGAAGAUAUUCUGAAAUCCAGCAUCGAGGAGAUUACAAAAUACUCUACGGACAGUGGAACGGGUGUGGAAUACGCUGUUGCGGAUGUCACGAUAGCCUCUCAGAUCACCGCUGCGUUCAAGGACCUUGCCGAGAGAAUGGGGAAGAUCAAUGUUUUCGUUUCGAAUGCGGGGUUUAUGGCUAGACCUGCGCCUGUGACUGAGGCGGUGGAUGAUGUUGAAUGUACGUCAAAUCUCAUCCCCAUCCCCAUCCCCAUCCUCAUCCUCAUUCUCAACAUACCCUAACCUCAAAAGCCCCACAGGGUGGACCGCCUUCGAAACAAACGUCAAAGGCACCCUGCACUCCCUCCGCGCCUUCCUCGUCCACGCAUCCCCCACGCCCAUGGUUCUCAGCAUGAACUCAGGAUUCGCACACCUCGACCCCAUCCCCGGCUUCUCCUCGUACGCGGCGUCCAAGGCCGCGGCUCUGCGCCUCGUCGACUACUUCCGGAGGGAGAAUCCGGAUUUGCAUGCCGUUUGUCUGCAACCCGGGGUGGUACGCACGGAGAUGAGUGGGAAGAGGCGGUGGAAGGGGGGGUGGGAUCAUGGUUUGCUUUCUUACCCUAGACAACCCUACCCUUCCCUCUUUUUUUGUAAGUUGAGAGAGCGGGACAUGCUAAUGAGCUCCAUACGCUAUAGAAGACCUACCAGCCCAUUUCGCCGUUUGGCUCGCUAGUCCCGAAGCGAGAUUCCUGAAUGGGAAGUUUGUGUGGGCGAAUUGGGAUGUGGAGGAGUUGAGGGAGAGGGAGGUGGAGACGAGUUCUUCGGGGAAUUUGCAGAUUGGUCUUGUGGGGUUGAUGCCACCGGUUUUUGCGUUUGAGGAGGUGGGUGAGGGGAAUAUGGAGGUGAGUUCGAAGGUUUGGGGGGUGUUUGAGAUAUUGGAUUGGCUUUACUUGCAAUUGGGGCUUAGCUUGGUGCGAUUUUUUUGAGGGUUGGGGCGAAAAUGUCCUUGAUGGACUGGCAGAAGAUUAAUGAUUGA